AUGGCAAGUCCUACAGAACAGUUCUCUCAACUCUCUCUCAACGAUAUGCGGUUCGCCGCAUCGGACUUGAGACAGAGGAAGCGAAGGGUGCGAGCAGUGUUGGCCUCAUUCGACCGGGACUUGGUUCCAUCAAGAUAUAGACCAGAUAUAUUCGAGAGAAUAGACGAGGAGCAGUCCCAGCGACCGUCGUCGGAAUGGGUCAUUGGUGACGACAUUCUGGGGUCUCUGAUGCAGAAGGGAUGUCACGAUCCACUUACAUAUGGGGUCCUCACUGACCUGGAGCCGGCGGGAGUGCGAGUUCGAAAGUUUGGUCAGAAGAUCAAUCGUCUCCUCCGGCGUGAAAUCCAGAGGUACGACCGUGAGGUGCCAGCGGUAGCUGAGAAGAGUCUGAGGAGGAGGCUUGUCUUGGAGAUUGCGGGAGACAUACUUGCUCUGUCACGAUCAGCACACGACGACCUGGACAGUGAUCUGGAGAGGGAUUUGCACAACGAUCAGGAGAAUGCUGCAGAUGUGCUCAACAACCUUACACAGGCAUUAAUAUCGGUCUUGCGGGACGUCUGUUCCAGAGACGAGGAUCCUUACAAUUCUAGCACCAGGCGGAGAAGGUUAUCUGGAGGCGAAGGAGAGAUCAGUCUGUACCACUGUCUCAUCCAUAGCCCACCGCGUCAGCUAGAUGGACCCGAUUUUAUCAUUCGGGCUCUGCAAAAGAUCGGAUCGUUGGCGCCCGUCACCUUCAAAGAUGCGGAUACCCGUCGCAAGCUACGCCACAUACAUGGCUCAUUGCUCGCCAAAGGAGCUCCACGGGUCUAUCGAGAUGAGCUAUGGGGCUUAUCAUGA